GGCGGGCGCGGCUAUCCCAUAGUCUAUCGGCGCCGUGGCCAAGCUGCGCCGACCACGGGGCACCUCCUUGAUAUCCCGAUGCCGUUUGCGUCGGUGCCGUACAUUCAGCGACACAUCGACCGCACCAACAGGCUGCCGACGUACGCCAUCUUUGUUUUGCCCGAGGCCAUGGACCCAGCUUUGGCGCUGCACCUCUCGAUUGUCCGCGGCGACAUGGCGAUCGUCGAGCAAUGGCUUCGUCAUGCGCUGCGUCUCGUCACGUCAUCGACGCUCGAGCUCGCGGCGGCGUCGUCCCAAGGACCCAUUUUGCGCUUGCUUUUUGAACGAUUUCGAGCGCUUGCGACGCCCAAGAUGAUGGAUCUCGUGGCCAUAGCGGGCGACUUGACGCUCUUGCGUUGGCUUCAUGCAGCCGGCGCCAUCUGCACAGCCGCUGCGAUGGACGGUGCGGCGAUGAACGGGCACUUGGACGUCGUCAUCUUUCUGCAUACAGCAAGAACCGAAGGCUGCACGAUCGUCGCGGCAACGGCGGCGCUGCGGAACGGCCAUGCGGCGAUCGCGUCCUUCGUCCUUGGCCAUCGCGCAGAAGGUGGUGUCCUCCCGUUGCUCGACUAUACGUUUCUCCACCAACAGUACAAGACGCACCAUGUGUCUGGCAGCACCCCCCUCGAGGCCAUCGAUGUCGCGGCCGCGGCAGCCAUUGCGCUUGACGACAACGUCUUGAUCUCGCUGGUCAAGUCGUUGGGGCUGCCCGCGCUGAUGCACUUGCGUGCGGCGGGACACAUGACCAAUGUAUCGCCGUCCCGACUGCUACACGUCGCGAUUGUCGCACGCGACCUCCCUUUGCUUCAUUAUGUCCUCGACCAUUAUACGUCCACUGAGACGACGGCCCAAGCCUCGAGUAAUCCGCGCUCGCUCGACUACUGGCAUGCCGUUGACGUGGCCGCCUUCUACGGACAUCUCCCGACGCUCGAGGCGCUGCAGGCGACCGCGUUUGGCCUCGGCACGGCGCACAAGGCCAUGGCGUAUGCAGCGUAUCACGGCCACCUGCAUGUACUAGCCUGGCUCCACGCUCACCGAACCGAUCAUGUGCUGGACGACGACGCACUCGCUAUGGCCUGUGUGCAUGGGCAUCUGGACGCUGUGCGCUGGCUGCGCGAAGUGCGGCACCUUUCCGUCACACAAGACGCACUGGCCACGGCCGCGCACAUUGGCCACCGCCGCUUGGUCGCUUACCUCUUGGGGGACGAUGCAACAAACGCCGAAGACGAUGACGUGGCAGCACCAAUAUGUGGCUACGAUACCAACAAUAUCGUCCUCGAUCUUGAGCUGCAUUUGUGUCGUAGCACGUACUUUACGUCCAGUCCCGCCACCGCCGCGUCAAGCCAAGGACACGUCGAGAUACUCGAGCGGCUGGUCGCAAAUGGCCACAGUGUUUACCCCAUCAUGAUGGACACAGCCGUCGCACACGGCCAUCUCCCUGUCGUGCGCUACCUCCACAACGAGCACGGCUACGUCUGCACUCUGCGCCACAUUUGUAUGGCGCUGCAGAAUCGGCAGGUGGAGCUCGCUGCAUACCUCGUCCAACAGUGUCCAAGGGCAGAGACCGUCGUCGACAACGACGACGUCCAACAGCUGUUUGUGUGUGCUGCUGCCACCGGCCAUCUCGCGUCGCUGCAGCAGCUCCGCGCAGUGUUUCCAGCCGCUUGGCGUCCGCGCACGCAGGAGCUCAUGCUACUGCACGCUGCGUUACACGGGCAUGUCGUCAUGCUCUCGCACUUGUGCGAGGUGCAUGGCUUAGAAUGGACAAAGAAUGUCCAUCGGGCCGCAACACUCCUCGGUCGAAAGAAGGUCCUCAAGUACUUGCAGACGCGCGGGCCCGCGGCCGAGUCGGUGGUCCGCUUUGCGCGCACCGCUCGUGCGAGAGACUACUACGCAACAUUGGUUUAGUUUAAACACCAAGGGCAUAAGAACCGUGAGUAUUUAACUGUGAUUGCUAAUUAAACACGUUCAUAUAUACGUAACUAUGG